CCCGAGGUCUGCUCCUCCACAUCCCCCUUUGCUGCCCUCAACAUCCCGAGGAGGGUCUGUCCCCAUUCCCUACCCCCAGUAUUGCGGGGUACCAGUGAAAUGGGUUGGGAAAUCUGGCUGGAGCGGGUGUGAGGGCAGGGCAGGGCAGGCCUGGGGGUGCUGGAGCUGGGCAGGACCCCCGGGAAGAGCACAUCGAGGUGGAAGGGGGCUCGCUGCAGGCAGGGGUGUCCAUGCCUGUGGGCCCCCAUGCCUGCCUCCUGCCAGGAGACCCUGCCCUGCCCAGAGCCACCCCGAGGUCCUGCCUGCUGCCCUCACCCCACACUCUCUUGGGUACCCAACCCUACAGAAGUUCCCUGUCCUGGGGUGCUUGGGGACCUCCUAGCAGUACCCCCAGGGGGCUCAGGAGCACAGACACCCCCAAAGACACAGGCAGUCCCCCCCUAAGGCUGUGCCCUAGGGCCCUCUGUCACAGGGCUGCCUGCCCCUCUGUGCGGGCAGGCAGGCAGCACCCAUGCACGCUCCCCCGACGUGCACCCAGGGCACCGUGCUGCACGGGGAGGAUGGAAAGGGCAUCUGCCUUUUGUUCCCUUCCUCCUCCUUCCUCGGGAAGCACCAGUGGCGAGCAGCCGCCGGCCUGAGCUCCGUCGCUGCUCGGGGCUCCCAGCUCACCUCCGCAAGCAGAGAAUUUAGAGGGAAAUGCUGGGUGAUGCUCAUCGCAGCCAGGGCCUGGGCCGAGUAUGCCCCAGGGGAAGCUGGAGAGGCUUGAGGGGGUGUCAAUCCUCUCUGAAUGUGGACUCGUCCUCCUCGGGGCCAGCAGGUCUUAGGGAAUGGCUCAGGGCAGGAUCUGGUCCAUAAGGCCAUCCUAUGGGUACGGCUUCAAAGAUUACGUGCAUUGGGGGGUCCCAGAGAGCAUCACCGUCUCCCCAGGGGCUAUGCCAGCGCAAGCAGCAGCUCUGCCCUGCACCAGGGUGAAGCCACGUGGAAGGGACAGAGGGGACCAGGGCAAUGGCAAUGCCAGCCGGGCUUGUGGCUCGUGCAGAUGCCACUAAAAGCGAGAUAAGUCCCUUGCAAAGCUGCUCCGUGAGCAGAGUGGAUUCCCCGUCCUAGAAGUCCCUGGAGAGUUCUGGUCUCAUCCAUUCUUCACCUGCCUGGAGGAACACAAGAGGAACAACCAGCUCCCCGCGAAUCCUUCUGCGCCUGUAGGCAAAUCUCUCGCCCCAUUUGGUGCUAAAUGUCUCUUUCCCUCCCAGACACCACGCAAACCGACAAAGGGAUUUCGUUCCUUGCAAAGCUUGUUCCAAGCUUCUCCCAAGGCCCGCCGUUAAUCCUGGGAAGCCUGACUGACCCCGGGAAGCCUGACUGACCCCAGAAAGCCUGGCUUCCCCCCACGGCAGCUGCCUACAGACACGUCCCCAGCAAGAGGGCAGGUCUGUGGGACACCCACGCGCGUGACGGCGUCAAAGACACAGGGACGUCCCCGAGGCCAUGCUGGGAAGCGGUGGCAGAGGAGGCAGACGGAUGCAGGCAGUGUGUUGCCUGUCCAGGUGCUGGGCUCCCCUCUCCGUGCCCCUGCCUGUUCCUCCUGCAGCUUGGCUGCCCGUCACCGCUUCCCCUGGGGCAGGUCCCGGACACCCGCGAGCAGGCAGGCAAUGCCCACAGAAAGUCAGCUCAAAGCUGGUUUGCUGGCAGCAAGCUGCCCGUGCCCACCUCGGAACCGAUCCGGGGAUGCUUUUGCCGGUGCGUGCUGCCACGUCCUGCCCUGAGGUCUCCAUCCCCGGGAGGUUUCCCGUCCGUCUCCCCAGCAGUGACUGCUGCUGCUCUGAGCCUCUCCAGCGCUCACGUUUCACCAGCCAUAAAAGUGUCUGGAGAAGGAAAGGGAGCCGUGGCGUGCCGGGCUAGGGGAGGGAGAGAUGUCUGUCCCUGCCGCUGCUGCAAACCCUGUCCCACCGCCCGGGGCAGGCAGCCGCUGGUCUCCCUGCGGUGACCCAGCCCCUGGCCUCCCCCUCCGCCUGUCCUGUGUGGCUGGAGAGGUGCCCAAAAUGGAUCAAUGAGCCACCGAGAGAAAAUGAGCCGGCAGCGAUUCCUCAGCCCGCGAGCAGGCGAUGGGAUGUCCAUCGCACAGGGCUGCCAGACGAGGCACAGGGACCGUGGACCGGCUUGCGGGGACCCAGAAAGAUGGGGGCACAGCGGGUGUUGGGGGUCCAGAGCCAAGCUCCCUCCUCUCUGCUCCAGCUCGGGCUCAGCCAGCCUGAAGGCUCCUGCAGCUCUGUUUCAAGGUUCAGCACAGCGUUUGCUCACCGACCCACGCUGCCGGCUGCAGGGACCCCCCUCUGCCUGGACCCCAACCAUGGCCAUAACCAUGACGGUCAGGAGCAGACCAUGCUGAGCCCCGCAGCCCCUGCCCGGAAGGAUGCUCAGCACCGCGCUCCCUCUUUUCUUUUCCUCCUGCAUCCCAAACGCCUCAAGCCACCGGUGACCCCGGUGCUGCCACACACGAGCUUGCCACGGCUCAGCUCAGCCCCGGGGCACUUCAAUACCCGGCGGGUCCGGUGUCCCCCACAGCAGCCCCCCAGGCUUCCCAUCCGUCCCAGUGCCAGCUGGCCCUGCCACGGGAUUAGGCGGGAGCACGCAGGGAAAACACCGAGCAUCUCUCCGGAUCAAACGCCCACGGGGCAGCGGGGAGGGGGUGUAAUUCAUCUCCCCCUCCCCGUGCGAGGCCAGCUGGGGGCUGCCCAGCGCCGGAGCUGGGGCGAGCGUGCAGCCACCAUUUAUUGGCAGCGGGAGGGAGGCGAUCGGGGGAGUCAGUCAGGUGUGGACGAGGUAUGAGGGGAGGCAGGGAUGGAGUCGUGCUCGUGACAGCCGGUGCUGCCGAACGCUCGCGCGCAUCCCUCCUCCCGCCGAGAUGCAGCAGGGCCGGCCAUCCCUCUGCUGCGUCUCCACCAUCCGCAGCUCGCAGGGACCACCCGAGCCAGCCGCCGCCGCUCACUUCAGCUUCUGCCGCAGCCUCCUGGAGCACACGGUCUCGGCCGAAAACCUCAGCUACCGCCUGCAGAGGAACCCGGGCAGCAGCCUCACCUGGCACGACGGCCGGAGCCAGCGAGCCGACGGCGGCCGGACCGUCAAGCUCCUGCGGCAGCCGGGGACCGAGGGCUCGCAGGGCCGUGCCUGUGACCACUAUGGCAUCUACCACACCAGCCCCACGCUGGGCAGCCUGGCCAAGCCAGUGGUGCUCUGGACCCAGCAGGAUGUGUGCAAAUGGCUGAAGAAGCACUGCCCGCAUAACUAUCUCAUCUACGUUGAGGCGUUCUCCCACCACGCCAUCACAGGUCGGGCGCUGCUGCGGCUGAACGGGGAGAAGCUGCAGCGCAUGGGCAUCGCUCAUGAAGCGCAGCGGCAGGAGGUCCUGCAGCAGGUCCUGCAGCUCCAGGUGCGCGAGGAGGUCCGAAACCUGCAGCUGCUCAGCCAAGCUUCUUUUGGAAAUGUCUCCUAGCUGAUCCGUCUGUUUGGCAGAUUGCACCAACACUGUGAACCGAGCACCUCUGGGAUGGACUGUGCACCGCCGAUACGAGACCUGAACCGCACACUUGGAAUACGAAGAGACAGCUUCCCAGCCACGCCGGGGCUUCUCUCCUUCUUCUUCUCCCUCUUUCUUUUUUUAUGAAUACACUUCUGUGCAGAGAUGGGAGGUUUCCUCCAGCAGACGUGGCUCUUGGCUGGAGGAAAAUUAGCAAAACAGCCGCUGGGACAGAUGAACUUUUGCCCACCUGAGCCUGAGGGUUCACAGGGAAAGAGAUGGAAAAAAGGGGACGGCAACAGGCAGGGCUCAGCAUUGCGGACAAAUCGAGCGCGGUUAUUCCUGGGACGGCUCAGAGCCAUGCACAGGAAGAUGAAGCCUUAUGCACAUGGGCGACAUCCCAGCACCCGGAGGCUCAUGUCCGUACCUUGGAGCUUAUUUAGGGAGCUUUAGUCUUCUCUUCAGACUGGGCUGUCUUCCAGCAUCCCAGGAGGUAACAUUAUCAGUAGCAAAUAAGAUGACCUGACCAGCCAAAAAAAAUUAAAAGCAGCGCCAAGCCACCAGCACCCGGCUCCACUUGGUGAGUUAAAAAGGGAGCUGAGUCAUCGGAGCUGGAAAAUCCGGGAGCAAAGGCAGGGUGGACGCACCGGGAGGGUGCUGUGACCCGGAGGAAGCUGUGCCAGGAUCUCGUCCUUCAUCCGUCCUUGUUUGCGGGCAGACGGGGAAGCCGAUGCAGGGGCCGGGUGGGAGAAACCGAGGAUGCUGCCAGCCGGUGCCGGGUGCUGCCUGGGGUGAGGCUGGGGGUUCCUGGGUGCCAGGUCCCCCCCAGUCCCGGUGCCUAGUCGUGCUCCUUCCCACACCCUCUGUGCUCCCACCAGCUCUUUGCAAAGCUUUGCUCCUCUGGGCAUUUGCAAAUGCUCGUCCCGACCUCCUGCCCAGGGGCUGGUGACAGUGCCACCAAACCAAGGCACCAUCCUGAUGACCCAGCUCGUCAUUAAGGUGAAGCAACUUUUACUGUUACACCCCCACCACCACCCGAACCCCCCACUGUCCGGAUCCACAGACCGCUCAUGCAGGCAGGUAAGGAAAAAUGAUGUGUAAAACCGAGGAUUUGGGGGCAGGGUGGAUGCUGUCACCUCCCCGCAUUCCCCCUCUGGUGACAAGGACAGAGCUGUGGGGCCAGGGGGGGGCCCAAAACAGCAGCACCCCAAAGCCCCUGGGGCAUCGGAGCUGGCAGGGGUGCCCAGGCAGGUCACGGUGGCCCCCCCAGCCGGGUGCCCACCCACCACUUGCCUGCUCCUCCGCUGGUAAUAAAAUAAGAGACUGUUAUUUUAA